AUGGUGAAACGCGUCUCAAACUUGAAUCAAAUUUUUGUUAUUCUAGUUUUAGUUGUAUCUGUUUGGAACAUGGAAUUACAACAAGUUGAAGGUGCAAAGCCAUGUACAAUGCAUUUGGGAGCAUGUGGUCCAGCUGGGGAUUGUGUUAAAAGGUGCAAAGCUGCACAUGUUGAUGGUUUAGGGUCCUGCGACUUAGGCCUAUGUACAUGUGUUCAUUCGUGCGGUUGA